GUCCUUUUGGUUUGUCGCGGUGCGCAACGGGAGUACCAGAGCUGCAUCUUACGCCUGGACCGGCCUGCGUGGCACAGCGACCGCCAUCGCUGCGGCUGCAACGCUGCACCACUCGCUGCCAGCUGCACGCCACUGCAAGCCGCUCACAGAUCAGAGAGCUCAUAAAAAGACGCGUGCAAAGACAUGUCCGAGCUCUCCGAGGCCGCGCGGGACCUGCUGCCCAGGUCCGCCGACGAGUUCGGGACCGUCGACUACUGGGACGCCUUCUACCGGAAGCGCGGCGACGCGGUCUUCCACUGGUACGUCGACGGCGCGCGCGGCGCCGCGCUCGUCGACGCGGCGCUGGCUGAUGUCAACAGCAGCGACGGCGAGCGGCUCGUCGUGAAUCUGGGGUGCGGCACGUGCGAGGUGCCGCGAGGGCUUGCGGAGCGAUGGCGGGGGCCGCACAAACUCCGCGUGCUCAGCGUCGACGUGAGCGAGGAGUGCGUGACCCGGAGCCGCGCGGCGCAGCAGUCGACCGACCUCGUCGCGCUCGACUUUGAAGUGAUGGACGCGCUGGCCCUGCCGGGCGUGUCCGACGCGAGCGUCGACGUUAUUUUUGAUAAGGGCCUCGUGGACGCGCUGCACCCGCGCGACGACGACGCGAGUCGGAGGAGCGUCGGGAAGCUCUUCGCGACGUUAAGGCGCGUGCUCAGGCCCGGUGGAUGCUUUGUAUUAGUCAGCAUGCUCCAGGGCCAUGUUCGCUCGUUGGUCGAGCGCGCGUGCGACGGCGCAUGGAGCGUCGACGCGGCGCCCGCGUCGACGGAACGAGCGACGCUCGUGCCGUUCUGCCUGCGCCUCCGGUGUGAACAUGAGACGCUCGCCGUCGGCGACGACGCUUUGACCGCGGGCCAACGAGUCGCGGACUGGGCCGCGCUGUGGCGAGCGGUCGACGAGCGAAUCAAAGCACGGCAACCAUCGACGACCGUCCGCGUCGUCGAGCUCAGUGUUGGUUUGCGAGGCCGCCGAAAUGGCCUCGACGCGGCCGAGGAGGUCGCGACGAAGCUCCGCGGCGCCGCGGGCCUCCGCUGGGCGACGGAACCAAAACCAAAACCGCUGGCGUUCGGCGUCCACGCCGUCGCGGGGGCGGUAGUCGUGGGCGAAGACGACGACGCGGACGACGUCCGGGAUCGGCUCGGCGAGGCGCUCGGCUGCGAGGCCGUCGACGACGACGCCGCGUCGACGUCGUCCGAGUCCGACGGAGGCGAGGAGGCGCCGCUCCGAAUGGCGUGGCCCGAGGUCGUGUCCGUGCGGUCGGGGCAGGUGCGGUAAACAGACACAUAG